AGAAAGUUAAGCCUUUUAACUUUUUCCGUUUGCCUCUCUUCCUCAGUCUAGUACGGCUGCCAGUUGCCAUGGCAACGGACUGGGACAGCUGCGCAGUGGCGCCCAGGCAGCUGGGUGGGGGCGGGGGAGCUGCCAGCCCGCCAAGCCCCAGACCUGGGAGGGGAGGCCCCUCCUGUUAGCCCAGAGGGAAAGAACGAACUGGGGCGAUCCGGCAGGGAAAGCCAUAACCACAAUGCUAAACUGCAUGCUUCCAACAUGGGGCUGGUUUUAACCCAGCGCUCUGACCUAAUCUGCUCAUCUCCCGGAAAUUCCAAGGAACCUGGUGGCCAGACUCCUUCAGGCGGACAUGGGAAAGAAAACCAAGAGGACAGCCGACAGCUCUUCCUCAGAGGAUGAGGAGGAGUACGUGGUGGAGAAGGUGCUGGAUAGGCGCAUGGUCAAGGGGCAAGUGGAGUAUCUGCUGAAGUGGAAAGGCUUUUCUGAGGAGCAUAAUACCUGGGAACCUGAGAAGAACUUGGAUUGUCCUGAACUAAUUUCUGAGUUUAUGAAGAAGUAUAAGAAGAUGAAGGAGGGUGAAAACAACAAGCCACGGGAGAAGUCAGAAGGAAACAAGAGGAAAUCCAGUUUCUCCAGCAGUGCUGAUGAUAUAAAAUCUAAAAAAAAGAGAGAGCAGGGCAAUGACAUCGCCCGUGGCUUCGAGAGAGGGCUGGAACCAGAAAAGAUCAUCGGUGCAACAGAUUCAUGUGGCGACUUAAUGUUCUUAAUGAAAUGGAAAGACACAGAUGAAGCUGACCUGGUUCUUGCAAAAGAAGCUAAUGUGAAGUGUCCACAGAUUGUGAUAGCAUUUUAUGAGGAGAGACUGACGUGGCAUGCAUACCCAGAGGAUGCUGAAAACAAAGAGAAAGAAAGCGCCAAGAGCUAAGGGAGGGGUGGUCUCUGU